AUGCCUGAAUACACCGACGCCAAAGGUGUGGUGUACGAUCUCCAAAUAGAGCCCGACUCCGAUGGGAUCCAAGCGGGCGUAGAGCGUGAAAAAGCAGGUCCUGAUGGAAGCGAGUACAGUGUUCAGAGACAUGCUCAGCAGCAACUCGUUCGGUCCCCAAGAAAUCCACCUCCCCGAGCUCCGGAGAUUUCUCCCAAACGACCUCACCCUGCCGGAUUCUACGUCUACCACUUCACACGCGCUCUCUAUCCCCGUCGCUCCUCCAUUAGCUAUAUGGGUAUAAGCAACAUCGAACGUAUCAUCGACAUCUUGCUGCAAUACGACUGCGUCGGACCAGCCCAGCGAUUACUCUUUGACGGAUCGAAGGAUCUCGACGCGGAAGAGCUAUACGACGCAUUCGUACUCGCUUCUCGGCUCGACGACACUCGAAGCGCUUGUCGGAUCCUCCCACAGGGCUUCAGGCGAAGAGGGAUUGUCCCUCUGCCCAGACAACCGACAUCGCCCUUGAUCUCUCGCCGAUGCUGCGCGGCUCCAGCCGGGCUGGGUCUGGGCUUUGACGCUGGCGACGGGGACGUGUCAGAAGGAGAUGCUGUCGAACGGUUGGGGAAGUUUGCAGGAGCCGGCAUGCUGGAAGAUGAUUCUGGGGGAGUUUAUGGCGAAUCUGGCCAAAUGAAUGAUCGCCCAUCAGGAGAACGUCGUGCAGAUUGUAUCAUAGCGAAUGUAUAUAUCGGGUAUGGUCAAGAUCCCCCAGGCUGA